AUGGACGAGAAAGAUGAAACCAUGAAGCAUCAUAGUCAAGAUACUGAACCAAGCAGCUGUUUGAGUGAAAAAGAUACAGUUCUUGAAAAAGGAAACUUGGACGUAGCUUAUCAGAAACUCUACCCCCAAAUUCCACAGUUACAAGUGGAAACAAAUAUAGAGGAUGACUGUAAGGUGGAAACUCGGGAAAUCAACCAUCAAGUUCGAGAUGAUUCAACCCCAUUUCUUGCCUUGACAGACAGAAUAGUUAAGAAAGUCAAGAUUCUCGGACCAACAGAAAAUCUGAAAGAUGUUUUCAAGAAAGACUUUACUGAGAAUGUCGCCAUGUUCUUCACCAAGGCAAAAACAAUUCUUCCUCUGAAUCCAGAGGACAUCUACACAGAAGCUGGAGAACGAUGUAGGAAUGAAAAAUCUGAUGUUGGGGAUGACAUGGAUGAGGAGAAUUUGAAUGUAGCUGAAAGUCACAAAUGUCAACAAGAUAACCUUAUUCGAGCUGAAGCAGAAUGUGGAAAUAAAGAAGCUGAUUUCGAGACAGACGUAGUCGAGAAACUGUACAAGAAUGUCACGUGUUUGCAAAACACGUAUACAGAUGAAUUUCUUGCCGAGGGCUCUUUCGGCUCCUGCUUGAGAAGAAAUUAUGUGAAUCAAGUAGUUGUUAUAAAAAAGAUGAAAAGUACAUCGGCACUAAACCAACUAGAACUUGAAUUCUCCGCUCUGCAUCCUCAUGCCAACAUCGUUCGUGUCUUGGCAUACGUCAUACUGCCUUUUGACAGGGAGUGCUAUCUAUUCAUGGAGGAUGGAGGCGAGGCUCUUUUUGCAAAACAUAAAGAAAACCAAAAGUUCAGUGAAUAUGAACUAGCGAAACAUGAUACAAGCAUAAUGCGGCAGUGUCUAGAAGCAAUUGGCCACAUACAUAAGUAUGGGUUUCUUUACCUGGACGGGAAACCUCAAAACACCGUUGCUCAAAUCGAUGGAAACAUAUGCGAUGUGAAGCUAUGCGAUAUGGGUUCUCUCCUCCGGGCUGGACAGGAACAUACGGGACAGCAUGUGGUCGCAACUCUUAAGUACAUGGCCCCAGAAACCUUGUCGGCAUAUUUGGGCGAGCGCCUUGUCCACCUGACGACAAAGGCUGAUGUGUUCAAUAUGGGGUUGCUGUACUACUAUAUACUAUCAGGGGAACACCCAUGGCCUAAACACAGACAAAAAGAAGCAUUGAUACGCGAUCUUCGUUUUAAAGCUAAUGACCAGCUAUUAGAACGCAUGUGCCCGAAGGCCGUUGGAUACAAGUACGAACUGCAACGUCGUAUGGUUGCUAGGGACCCAGUCGAUAGACCUUCAGUUUACGAGUGUCUCGAAGAGCUAAGGAAAAUGGAAGUGCCAUUUGAUCCAUAUAAGGGGCCAUUGCCUGAACCAGUGGAAAUGAUUGAUGACACGGAGAGAGAGAUGCUCCCUGUUGUACUCGAUGAGUUUACUUUAACUGCUGAAUUCGAAGAGGACUGCGCUGCGAUGGUCCCACAACCACCAACUAGUGGUAUAGUCAGUGAUUUUGGGAGUGGCGCACCGACUGAAGAGUCCAUCACAGUGCACCCCAACUUAGACUAGAAAGUCCAAGAUAUACUGGAUUGGAGAAAUUGGAUUGGAGAAACAAAGAUCCAUGCCACUAAAAACAUUCAUUUUUAAACAUUUAACACUCUGUAUGAUAAUGGUUACCAUUGUAAAUAUAUUUGAAAAUGGUUCCAUCUUUAAGUAGAUAUAAACAAUAACGUGUUCCCGAUCAAACAGAAUGUGAACAACACCAAUCGAAUUAUUGGGCAGUUGUGUUAGUUUUAAUAAAUCUACUUGUUUAUU